GCAAACGUGAAUGAACUGCUCAGUAACAAGGAUCACUAUGGACCGGGGCGCUCGCGUUUCCCCCGUAGCCUUUGACAGUGAAAGAAAAAACGAAUAAACCCCUUAUAAAACGUUCUACGUGAAGUAAAAUAUAUAUUUUAGCAGUCAGAGCAUCGCACGGCUCAAGUCAAGGCAAUUCGUGUUAACGAGCUUGUUUUCAUUUUUUACAAUUAGACAAGCAGCGCCGGUCUUUAAAAAUCCCGUCAUAUUCGGAACGCAUCCACCAACGAGUCCAGGAUAAUUGCGCGUCUGGUUAGAUUUCCGCCAAUCUACGAGUAUUCCAGACAAAGGGCUAUUUCUGGGAUUAUUUUCUCGCCUCCUCGAACGGAAACGGAUUAUCCCGUCGCCGAAGUCGGCAGCAAGGAAGGAAAACUAGCGAGCGUUCUCCUGACCCGAGCCCCAGUAGAAUGCGCAGCCGAUGAAUAGCCCUUAAGGGCUGCAGUCUCUCCUUGGCCAGGACUCCCUGGCCACCAUGAAAGGGCUGGGAGCCAACCGCGGCCGCCACCUGUCCGAGUCCUGCGACCCCCUGUCAGUGCCUCCGGAGGCCCUGUACCCUCAACCCCCCAUCCCUCCCCGCAGCCCCUACCUCCUCAGCCCCACCAUGGAGCACUACGGCACCAUGGACCCCAACCACUUCCCGCCCUCCGCCGCCGACUGCAUGCUGCCCCUCAACAACCAGCUGUCCAACAGCAGCACCUUCCCCCGCAUCCACUACAACUCCCACUACGACCAGGGCGACUUCUCGCACGGCCCGGCGCCCGGGACGGACAGCAUCGGCGGGAUCAGCACGGGCACGCUGGGCACCUCCGCGUCCAUGGGCAUGGGCAUGGGCAUGGGGAUGGGCACGGGCCCGGGCCGGGGCCCCGUCAUCACCAGCGGCUCGGCGACCAUCUCGGGCGGGAGCCGGAUGCAGCGGCUGCCCGCCAACCUCCUGGACCAGUUUGAGAAGCAGCUGCCGGCGCACCGCGACGGCUUCAGCACGCUGCAGUUCCACCGGAGCUCCGCCUCCAAGCAGCGCGCCGACAGCCCCGGGAGGAUCCGCUUCCUGGUGCACUCCGUCCAGAAGCUCUUCGCCAAGUCCCAGUCGCUGGAGACCUCCGGAAAGGGCAACGUCAACGGCCGCUUCGCCGGCGGCGCCGGGGGGUCCGGUGUGGGCGGGGGUGGGGGUGGGGGCGGGGCCGAGGACGGCAAGCAAGCCCGCCGCAGCAAGAGCAAGGACCGGGCCAAGACGGAGGGCGGCAAGCGCCGGCCGCGCUCCAACAUGUCGGGCUACUGGAGCUCGGACGACCUCGAUGGCGACAUCAGCAACUACCGCAACCCGGCGGCCAUGAUGGCUCUCCAGGGGCCUGAUGGCCAGGACCCCAGCAAGUACUACCCCCAGGGCUACAACACCAUCGGCGGGCACACCCUCAAGGCCUCCAAGAGCAACAGCAGCAUGGAGUUCCAGGCCUGCCAGCUGCUGGCUGGGCAGGGAGGGGGCGGGGGGGAUCCCACUCACUUCCUUAAGGGGGGCACCUGGUCGACCCUGACGCUCAGCCAGGCCAGGCAGUUGAGCCAGAGAGGCUCUGCGACUAUCGACCGGUCGCUGCUCAAAUCCAAGUCGUGCCACCAGGACCUGGCCUGCCACUACCUGCAGGUACGGGGUCGAGUGCCUCCGGGGGACUGGAACAGCACGCUGGGCCGGGGAGGCGGCUCCAGCGAGAUCCCGUGCAGACGCAUGCGCAGCGGGAGCUACGUGAAGGCCAUGGGGGACCUGGAGGACAGCGAGGACUCGGAGGGGAGCCCCAAGCCCUCGCCCAAAAGCGCCGCCCGCCGCCAGAGCUACCUGAAGGCCACGCAGCAGUCCUUGAGCGAGCAGCUGCCCCCACGCAAGUCCCUGGGCUAUGCCGCCCUGCAGGGGGACCUGGAGGCGCUGUGGUCCCCCCUGCAGAGCGUGUCCUCUCUGCACCGGCUGGGCAGCUGUCUCCCCUCUCUGCGAGAACUCUCCAACAACCGCAGCCUGGACAACCUGGACUGCAUCGGCGGGCCGGUCGGCUUGGACUACCCGCGAUGGGAUGACGAGGACUUCGCCCAGGGCUGUAACACACUGGGAAAGAGCAGCUGUACAACACAGGUGCGGGAGAUGGCGGUGAGCCGGCGGUACGAGGAGACGUGCUCCGAGUCGGCGUUCUGCGAGAGCGACGCCCACGGGGCGGAGCCUCCGGACCUGCCCACGCCCACCUGCUUCCGCUCGCGCAGCCACAGCUACCUGCGCGCCAUCCAGGCUGGCUGCUCCCAGGACGACGACACCGCCUCCGUGGACUCCGAUUCGCCCCCGCCCACCGCCACCACCGUCCGCACCUACAGCACCAGCACCAUCUCCACCUGUAUAACCACCUGUAAGAAGACGGCCCCGCCCCCCGUGCCCCCCCGCACCACCUCCAAGCCCUACAUCUCGGUGACGGUGCAGAGCAGCACAGAGUCGGCGCAGGACACCUACCUGGACGGCCAGGACCGCAAGAGCGAGGCCAACAGCCAGUCGGGCCGCAGCAACUCGUCCGACAGCCUCGACAGCGCCAGCGCCCGCGGCCCGGCCAAGGGCCACCGGGCCCCGCCCCCCGCCGCCGCCACCGCCGCCCCCCGCGACCCCCCGCCCGCCUCCACCCCAGCCAGCCCACCCGCCGCAGACCCCCAGCAUGACGCCCUGAGGAGCACCAGGGGCACCCUGACCGCCGAGGAGCCCAGAGCAGACCCCGCGCCCAGGAGGAAGCUGUCGUCCAUCGGCAUACAGGUGGACUGCAUUCAGCCGGCCCCGAGAGAGGAGACUCCGCCUCCGGCCCCGCCCCUGACCAGGUUCCAGUCCAUCGGAGUGCAGGUGGAAGACGGCUGGCAGCUCAGUCGCUCCAGCAGCAUGGCGUCCAAACAGGAGACGGACUCCGACGCCCAGGACCUCACCAACUCCACGCCCAUGCCCAUGCCCACGCCCACGCCCUCUGAGAAGACCAUGGUCAACAGCGCCUGCCAGUCCACGGACUCGCCCGGGCCGCAUCGCCAGGGCAACGGGGAGGGCGGGGCCCCGCGCCAGCCGCCCGGCCGCACGGCCACGCGCAGCAGCUCCUCCUCCUUCUCGGAGAGCCUGGACCCCGCCCUGGACCCCUCGUCCCUGCCCCCGCCCGACCCCUGGCUGGAGAGCGGCAACGGCAGCGCCCCCUGCGGGACGGCCCAGCCCGGCGCUCCCGGCGCCCCCGCCUGCCGCCGCGACGGACACUGGUUCCUCAAGCUGCUGCAGGCCGAGGCGGGCCGCAUGGAGGGCUGGUGUCAGCAGAUGGACCAGGAGACCAAAGACAACCAGCUGACCGAGGAGGUGCUGGGGAAGGUCCGUAGCGCAGUGGGCUGUGCGCAGCUCCUCAUGUCCCAGAAGUUCCAGCAGUUCAGAGGACUCUGUGAGCAGAACCUGAAUGUCAACGCCAACCCGCGGCCCACCGCCCAGGACCUGGCGGGCUUCUGGGACCUGCUGCAGCUCUCCAUCGAGGACAUCAGCAUGAAGUUCGACGAGCUGUACCACCUCAAGUCCAACGACUGGCAGCUGAGCGAGGCCCCGGACAGGAAGGAGGACAAGAAGCCGGCCCCCCCAGUGCCAAAGAAGCCCUCUAAGGCCAAGCCGGCGGGGGGCCGAGAGAAGUCCGCCGGCGACUCGGACAAGCAGCGGCAGGAGGCGCGCAAGCGGCUGAUGGCGGCCAAGCGGGCGGCUUCGGUGCGGCAGAACUCGGCCACGGAGAGCGCGGACAGCAUUGAGAUCUACGUCCCCGAGGCCCAGACCCGCCUCUGAGAGAGAGAGAAAGCGAGGGAGCGGCCGCGGAGGGUGGGGGCGGGCUUUGGGGUUUUCACCCCCCCGCCCCCCUCCCCAUUUUUUUUAAAGGUGAAGGAACCCAGGUGCACACCGGUCCUUGAGGCAGCACACAGGAAGAAUCCAAAACGACUUUGGGACGGGGGAGACACAAAUAAAGCACUCCUUUUACAUGGGGGAAAAAAAAAAACCUCAACCACAGACUUUAUUGCUAUUAUUGUUAUUAAUAAUAAUAUUAUUAUUAUCUCCGUAACUAUAUCAGACUGUCUUAAACUUUUAUUAUAUCUUGGAUAAGAGAUCUUCUGCCGAUGCGGACUGAAGCAAUGACACACUUUGACACUCCUUCCCCCCCUUUCCCCCCUCCAAUCGCGCCCACUUCCUGUUGGUCUCCUGGCUCCGCCCCCAGCCCCGCCCACUCCUGCCAGCUCUUCCUCCCCUGGGUUUGCAGACAGACGCAGGAGGACGCCUGUGUGCUUUUACCCAUCAUCCUCUGUCUUCCUUUUUACAUUUUACUUUUGUUUUUCCGUGACACCCAGCCUUCUAAGACCAGGUCGUUUCCUUAUCGUCUUCAGGAGAGGGUGGGGGUUGUGUGGGCGGGGUUCAGGACUCAUCCAAAAAAUGAAACCGUAAGCUGAUCAGGGGCGAGGGAGCUGUGGCAUGUGGGGUCCACUUUAUAUGGGGAGGUCGGGGGCAGCCACAGACUAUCCAAUUCAUCGCUCCUCUUUUUCCAAGGCCUAUCCACCCUCGAGAAAGCAUUUCCAUAUAUAUUUCAGUUUGUGUUCCAUUUUUUUUCAUCGAGGGACUAGUGUUCGCAGAAAGGAUGUGAGGUACUGUAGUGAAAACUGACACACGAACGCUCUCAAGUUCCGGUCAUCCCCCGCGCGCUAGUUCAAAGCCCAUUCCAGUGUUGUGUUUGAAUGUAGCCAUCAUUAUUUCCAAAUUAUUUGGGUGCUGCAGGGCCUUAAAGCUAGAGCAUCCUCCAUCAGACCCAGCUGUCUCUCUAAACGAGCCGGACAGUCCCAGGGCGGUACCAUGUCUCUGUUUUAUCUCCUGUUCUUGACUGCUUUAAAAGGCCGUUUGGUGCAUUUUGUUAAUCCGCGCUUUCAGAAUGACUUUGGUUCUUAUCAGAUCGUCAGUAUUGUCUUGAGCAGCCACUGCACCCGAAGGCCCUGAGAAUCGCGGCUGACACACAGGGCGUGCGGCGUCGUAGCAGCGGUACAGUGUGAUGUCACUAACCGCCCAUGACCACGACAGCGGCGUGACAGCACGGGGCGGGUCAGACAGCCAGUGGCAAAGGGUGGGGG